AUGGACGGAACAACGCCUCCGGCAGUUUUGACCAUCGCAGGCUCUGAUUCCAGCGGAGGAGCAGGGAUCCAGGCCGACCUGAAGGCGUUCACGGCAUUUGGAUGCUAUGGAACGUCCGUCAUCACCGCACUCACUGCGCAAAAUACGAAGGGCGUGCAAGGCGUGCACCCGACGCCGCCCGAAUUCCUCGAACAGCAGUUACGGGCAGUGCUCGAGGAUAUAGAUAUCAAAAGUAUAAAAACAGGGAUGCUCUAUGAUGCGGAGAACACUCGCAGAGUAGCAAGCACGCUCAGGGCGCACUUCGAGGACACGGCCAGGAUACCCCCGCUCAUCGUGGAUCCCGUCGCCGUCUCGACCUCCGGGCACACUCUCCUCCAUCCUGAAGCAGUGGACGUCAUGGCAAAGGAACUCUUCCCGCUUGCAGCGCUCAUCACCCCCAACAAGCCCGAGGCGGAGCUCCUGCUCUCACGCAAAGAAGGGAGCGCCGAUGCGAGGAUCGAGACCCUCGAGGAUAUGUUGUCCGCGUCCGAGCGCCUCCUCGCCUUAGGGCCCAAGGCGGUCCUCGUGAAGGGCGGACACAUCAGUUUGACACUGGCGGACGUCCGGAAAGUAGUUGCUUCGCGACCGGAUUUGGCGGUCGUCCAGGAGAACUUCCUGGGCGAGAACAUGGAGAUCUUGCAGGUCAAUGAACAGGUGUUGAAUGCGCGCCCACUUGUUGUGGAUGUCUUGCGAGAAGCAAAAAGCGUCACCUUGUUUGUCAGUCCGAGGAUAGAGUCGAUGAACACCCAUGGGACUGGCUGUACACUGGCUGCCGCCAUUGCUUCGGUUCUGAGCAAAGGGGAGCCGAUGCCUGAGGCGGUACGACAAGCCACCAUAUUCACACAUGUCGGAAUCGAGACUGCGUUUCCGGUUGGGAAGGGCCAUGGUCCAUUGAACCACAUGCAUAUGCUCACGAGGAGACUUGUCCCACCGCCAAGACCAAGUAACCCUCACCCGCUUACUCGUAUCCUUAUCCAAUCAUCAAAGCGAACAUGGAAGGAGUACGUAGAGCAUGACUUCGUGAAGCAGCUUGCGCAAGGUACACUUCCGAAGGAAUGCUUCUUACAUUUCAUCAAGCAGGACUACCUGUACCUGAAAUACUAUGCACGGGCAUACGGCCUGCUUAUCGCAAAGUCGGCCACGUACACGUCCAUCCAGUCCGCGACCCAGACCAUCAUGAACAUCAUCACGGAAGUGACAACGCACAAGUCUUUCUGCGCACUAUGGGGCAUCAGCGAAGCGGAGCUGAGCGCGACGCCCGAGUCUCCUUCGACUACUGCGUACGGCGCAUACCUCCUCGACAUAGGACUGCAAGGGGACAGCGCAAAACUUAUCAUGGCCCUUGCGGCGUGCCUCCUCGGGUAUGGAGAAGUCGGGUUGUGGCUGAAGAAAGAGGCGGCGAAACCCAACAGCUGGGUCAAGCUCAAAGGGAACCAGUAUCUCAAGUGGAUCGAAGACUACUCGGGCGAGAACUACCAAGCGGCUGUCAAACUGGGGAUCGAGACGAUCGAGACGCUUGCAGUGGACAAUGCGCCAAAUGCGCGACAAUUCCACGAGUGGUGCGUGAUCUGGGAGAAGUGUACUAGGCUCGAGAAGGGGUUCUGGGAUGCGUCGCUGAAUCUACUGUGA